AUGGCGGCGGCCGAGCCCGCAAGCUCGGGCCAGCAGGCGCCGCCCGGACAGGGGCAGAGCCAGCGGCCGCAGCCGCAGCCUCCGCAGGCGCAACAGCUCCCGCAGCCGUCGCCGCCUCCGCCGCCGCAGCAGCAGCAGCACCUCGGGGGCGCGGGCGGCGGUGGCGGCAGCAGCAGGCACGAGAAGAGCCUGGGGCUGCUCACCACCAAGUUCGUGUCGCUGCUGCAGGAGGCCAAGGACGGCGUCCUGGAUCUCAAAGCGGCUGCAGACACUUUGGCUGUGAGGCAAAAAAGAAGAAUUUAUGAUAUCACCAAUGUCUUAGAAGGAAUUGAUCUCAUUGAAAAAAAGUCAAAAAAUAGUAUCCAGUGGAAAGGUGUAGGUGCUGGCUGUAAUACUAAGGAAGUCAUAGAUAGAUUGAGAUUUCUUAAAGCUGAAAUUGAAGAUUUAGAACUGAAGGAAAGAGAACUUGAUCAGCAGAAGUUGUGGCUGCAGCAAAGCAUCAAAAAUGUGAUGGACGACUCCAUUAAUAAUAGAUUUUCCUAUGUAACUCAUGAAGACAUCUGUAAUUGCUUUAAUGGUGAUACACUCUUGGCCAUUCAGGCACCUUCUGGUACGCAGCUGGAAGUACCUAUUCCAGAAAUGGGUCAGAAUGGACAAAAGAAAUACCAGAUCAAUCUAAAGAGUCAUUCAGGACCUAUUCACGUGCUGCUUAUAAAUAAAGAAUCCAAUUCAUCUAAGCCCGUGGUGUUUCCCAUCCCCCCACCUGAUGACCUCACACAGCCUUCCUCCCAGUCCUCCACUCCAGUGACCCCACAGAAAUCCACCGUGGCAGCUCAGCACCCGCCUGAGCAACCUGCCUCUGAAAGAAGCCAGAGUCUUCAGCAGACACCGGCUACAGACAUAGCCUCAGUAGGAUCUAUUAGUGGAGAUAUCAUUGAUGAGUUGAUGUCUUCUGAUGUGUUUCCUCUCUUACGGCUUUCUCCUACCCCAGCAGAUGACUACAACUUUAAUUUAGAUGAUAAUGAAGGAGUUUGUGAUCUAUUUGAUGUCCAGAUACUAAAUUAUUAGAUUCCAUGGAAACUUGGGACUCUUAUCUACCUCUAACUGUGUAACAUUUAGACUUCUUAAUAACCUAAGUAUUUAAAAUACUGAAUGUAACACCUUUUUAGUUCACUGAUUCUGAAGUGUUCUUUCCUAAUACUUUCUUUUUUUACUUCACAAAACUUUACGAAAACAAAGGGCUUUAAUAACCAACCUCCACACCCAUGUAAUUACAUUCUGAGGUUUUUUUUGUUUUUGUUUUUGUUUUUUUGCGAAUUCUAAAUCUGUUUUAUUCUUCUUUAUGAGAGGAAAGUUAAAGAGACUUCAGGUCACUGAAAACAAAAAAGUUGGCCAAGGGCCCUACACUUGUUUAUCUUGUAUUUUUACUGCCAUGAAACUGUACUUUUAUAUGUCCUUGAGUCCAGACAUUCACUGCCACUUAUAAGUGAAGGAUAUAAAUGAGGAUUUAUAACUGUUUCAGUGAACAGAUUUUGUGAAGUGCCUUCUGUUUUAGCACUUUAAGUUUAUCACAUUUUGUUAACUUCUGACAUUCCACUUUCCUAGGUUAUAUGGGAAAGAUCUGUAGUUUGCUUUAAAAUGUGCCAAUGCCUGUAUAUUAACAAGAUUUUUAAAAAUAAAAUUGUAU